CGCCGGCAUAGGAUUUCGAAACGACAGCUACCCACUGCCAGCACCACCGCCACCUCCACCGACAACCCCCAAUCUUCACUGAUUUGAGAUGAGGAGAUUUUUGGUUGAUAGAGAAAGUAUUGAGAAUGUGAAUGUUGAGCAAGCGGAAGCCGAAUUACAAUCACUACCUAAUAAUGUGAUUGAUGAGUUUAACCCAAAUGAGAUUGUGCGUGAUCCAGGUCUUAGGAAACAAAUUAAUGAGUAUGCUCCGGAUAUUCAAGACCAAGUGAGGAGGGCAUAUAUAUUGAAGGGUCCAAUGCAACCAGAUUUGACAAGUUUUCCUCGUACUCUAUUUGGAAGUGCUAAAAGAGCAUUUAGUAAAUCAUGGUAUAAGAAUUAUGCAUGGUUAGAAUAUAGUGAGAUAAAAGAUGCAGCUUAUUGUUUUUAUUGCUUUCUCUUUAAGAAACCCGGGAGAGCCGAGCACUUUGGUUUUGAAGUCUUCACUAAAAGUGGAUAUAAAGAUUGGAAGCAUGCAUCUCAAGGUUUGAAAGAUCACGUUGGUAGUCAUAAUAGUUUGCAUAACUCAUGUGUCAAGCACUACGAUGAUUAUAAUAAUCAAAGACAAAGUGUGGCUAGUAAGUUUGCUAGAGCAACCAAGGAAUCAGAAGAGUUAUAUAAGAUUCGUUUGACUUGUUCUGUAGAUUGUUCAAGAUAUCUAAUUGCACAAGGCAUGGCUUUUCGUGGCCAUGAUGAAUCCUCUAUUUCUCUAAAUAAGGGAAAUUUUAGAGAGAUGGUAGAUUGGGUAAAAGCUAAGGAUGAACAAGUGAGCGAUGCUUUUAAUCGUGGUGGAAAAAAUUGCACAAUGAUUUCUAGUGACAUUCAAAAGGAGCUUGCAAUGUGUUGUGCACAUGAAGUUACCAAGGUGAUUAUGGAAGAGCUUGGUGAUAGACAAUUUUCCGUGCUUAUUGACGAGUCACGUGAUAUAUCUAUCAAAGAGCAAAUGGCGGUGAUGUUGAGGUUUGUUAACGACAAAGGGCAUAUUGUGGAACGAUUCAUUGCUCUACAUCAUGUCAAAGAUACUACAUCUGAGGCAUUAAAGGAUGCUCUUUAUGGUAUUCUUGAUAAGUACACGUUAUCUAUUUCAAGGAUACGGGGGCAAGGAUAUGAUGGAGCUUCAAAUAUGAGAGGUGAAUUUAAUGGUUUGCAAAGAAAGAUUCUAGAUGAAAACCCUUAUGCUUUCUAUGUCCAUUGUUAUGCUCACCGUUUGCAAUUGGUUGUUGUGUCUGUUGCUAGUAGUUGCUCAUCUAUUCAUGAUUUCUUUGAGUACAUAUCCUUAAUUGUGAACACAACAAGUGCAUCUUGUAAGAGGAGAGAUGCCUUGACGGAGGCUCAACACCAAGAUAUUUUAAAUCAACUUGAGAGGGGUGAGAUAUCUAAAGGAAGGGGAUUGCAUCAAUCAUCUAGUCUCACUAGACCCGGGGAUACUAGAUGGGGUUCACAUCAUACUACAUUGCUUCGUUUGGAUCAAAUGUGGCCAUCUGUGUUAAAGGUACUUAGUAUGGUUGAUGGAGAUGGACGUGUAGCAUCUCAAGCAGCAGGUUUGAUAGAAAAAAUGGAGAGUUUUAAAUUUUCUUUUAUUUUGAAGUUAAUGUUAAAGUUGUUUGGUAUCACAAAUGAGCUUUCAAAUGUCUUGCAAAGAAAAGAUCUUAAUAUUGUGAAUGCCAUGGAAUUAGUUGAUGUUGUGAAAGCUCGGCUGGCCACAAUGAGGGAUAGUGGUUGGGAUAAUUUAUUUUCCGAUGUAAAAGAAUUUUGUGUUGCUAAAUGUAUUCCGGUGCCUAAUAUGGAUGAUGAAAUACCAGUUCGAGGUCGGUCAAGGGCAGAAGGGAGGACUAUCACUAAUCUUCAUCAUUACCGUGCAGAGAUUUUUUAUGUAGCUAUUGACAAAAUAUGUGUCGAGAUGGAUCACCGCUUUAGUGAAGGAAGUAACAUUAUCCUUGAUUGCUUCUCAUGUCUUGACCCCAAGAACUCCUUCUCUAAGUUUGAUGUUGAUAAGUGUCAUACCCCAAAAUUUGCCCAUACUAUUUCUCAUGCAUAAAACCAAAUCAAAAGACAAAGCUCCAAAACACAUUCUCCCAUACAAAGUUCUGAACUAGGGUUUGGUUCUUUCAAAGGAGAAUCACUGAAUCAAUGGCUCAAGGUGGUUCCAUAGGGUCACUAACAUCCCAAAGUAUCUCCCUGUAAAGUUGCAAGUCAAUCAGAGCAAAUUGAGUCCCUCAAAUCUUGAUUAGGUCAACAGUCGACUCUCAAGGGCAAAAUAGUCAUUUCAAGUCAAUAUACAGUCAAAGUUCAAGAUAUUUGGUCAACAACAUCCUCAUAACCCUAAAAUCAUCAUUUGAUCAAAGAUUGAUCAUGAUGAUGCAAGGAAAGAUCAGAAAAGUCAAAAGUCAAAAGUUACUAUUUUGGGCAUGAACUGAAAAAGUCAACCAAACUUUGAAAAUUCACCAAAUAUUCAUACUUCAUCAGAAAAAUUCCCAUCAAAGCUCAUUUUAAAGGGAAUUCAUUCCUCUAUCUAAUGGUCCAAGAAUCAGAGC